AUGUUAGCCCCGAGGCAAAUCCUCGCGUCUUCGCGCCGAGUCGCGGAAGCGUCCGCAAGAGGAAUCGCACGUCUGAACAGACAACCUGCCCUGCUAUCAAGAGCUGCGGCCCUGAGUUCAGCAGGGGCUGUCUCUCGGAUUCCCCCAUUCUCGCAAACAUCUCGAGCCUAUGCGAAUGGUCGACCUCACCCACCCGGUGGAACUCACCGAAUGGACCUGGGCGGCGAGCCCGAGAAACCAGCGCUGGAGCAAUACGGUGUCGAUCUAACGGCGAAGGCAAAAGAUGGAAAGUUAGAUCCAGUCAUCGGAAGAGACAGCGAAAUACAACGAACUAUACAAGUCCUGUCCCGACGAACGAAGAACAACCCAGUCUUGAUCGGAAGCGCUGGAACGGGAAAGACGGCCAUUCUGGAAGGUCUGGCCCUUCGGAUUGUUCGAGGAGACGUCCCAGAAAGCGUCAAAAACAAGAGAGUGAUAUCGUUGGAUCUGGGUUCACUCAUUGCCGGAGCCAAAUUUCGUGGCGACUUUGAGGAACGACUGAAGAAAGUUCUGACCGAAUCGGAACAGGCCAAGGGAGAAGUUAUUCUCUUCAUCGAUGAGCUGCAUACACUUCUCGGACUUGGAAAGGCCGAAGGAUCCAUCGACGCUUCCAACCUUCUAAAACCUGCUUUGUCCAGAGGUGAACUACAAUGCUGUGGUGCGACUACUCUAGCCGAGUACCGGUUGAUCGAGAAGGACGUGGCCUUAGCACGGCGUUUCCAACCAAUCCUGGUGAACGAACCUUCGGUCGAAGACACAAUCAGUAUACUUCGAGGUAUCAAGGACAAGUAUGAAGUGCACCAUGGUGUGAGAAUCACGGAUGGCGCUCUUGUGGCAGCCGCCACAUACUCGAAUCGUUACAUCACCGACCGUUUCCUUCCGGACAAAGCCAUCGAUCUCAUGGAUGAAGCGGCGAGCUCCUUACGCUUGCAGCAAGAGAGCAAGCCAGAGGACAUAAUGCGUCUUGACCAGAAGAUCAUGACGAUCCAGAUUGAGCUGGAAAGUCUUCGGAAGGAGAAGGAUGUGGCGAGUCAAGAACGCCGGGAAAAGCUCGAAGCGGACCUGAAGAUGCUCCAGGAGGAGGAGAAGGCCCUCAGCGACAGAUGGGAGAAAGAAAGGAGCGAGAUCGACGCGCUCAAAAAAGUUCAAGGCGAGCUGGACAAGGCCCGUAUUGAACUCGAUCAAGCUCAACGAGAAGGAAACUUCGGUCGCGCCUCGGAACUGCGGUUCGGUGUGAUCCCCAGCCUUGAGCAAAAACUGCCGAAGGAAGGUGAAACAGGACCUGAAGCACUGGGACCUGACACGUUAAUCCACGAUUCGGUGACAGCUGACGACAUUGCGACAGUGGUCUCCAGAGUCACCGGGAUACCUGUGACGAAGCUGACCUCGGGGCACAUCGAGAAAUUGAUACACAUGGAAGACACCCUCCGCGAGUCGGUCCGCGGACAGGAUGAAGCUCUCAAGGCCGUCGCGGAUGCUGUUCGAAUGCAACGCGCCGGAUUGAGCGGAGACAAUCGCCCAACGGCCUCCUUUUUCUUCCUUGGUCCCACCGGUGUUGGUAAAACGGAGCUCUGCAAGAAGCUUGCUAGUUUCUUGUUUUCGACUGAAACUGCCGUCGUCAGGUUCGACAUGAGUGAAUUUCAGGAGAAGCACACAAUCUCGCGCCUCAUCGGUGCUCCAUCCGGAUACGUGGGCUACGAUGACGCCGGCCAGCUCACCGAAGCAGUGAGGCGGAAGCCGUAUGCGGUGCUUCUGUUUGACGAAUUUGAGAAAGCUCAUCGUGACAUCUCGGCACUGCUCUUACAGGUGCUCGACGAAGGCUACUUGACCGAUGCUCAAGGUCACAAGGUCGACUUCAGGAACACCAUUAUCGUUCUCACAUCUAACCUGGGCGCUCAAAUUCUUGUUGGCGCCGAUCCGGCACACCCCUACACCGAAACGCCCGACGGCGAGAUCAGUCCCGACGUACGCCAGGCCGUGCUCGAUGUCGUCGCCAACAGCUAUCCGCCAGAGUUCCUAAACCGCAUCGACUCCUUCAUCGUCUUCAAGCGCUUGGCACUUGACGCCUUGCGAGACAUAGUCGACAUCCGCCUGCGGGAGCUGCAGCAGCGUCUUGACGAUCGUCGUAUCACGCUGCACGUCGACGACAAAGUCCGCCAAUGGCUCGCUGAGCGUGGGUAUGACCCGAAGUUUGGGGCAAGGCCUCUGAACCGGCUCAUCACGACCGAGAUCGCGAAUGGCCUUGCGGACAAGAUCAUCAGGGGAGAGCUGAAGAGGGGCGAGAAUGCUGGAGUCCGAAUCAAGGAGGAUGGUUCGGGUCUGGAGGUAUUUGCAGAACAACCUUCAUCAUGA